AUUCUAGCGAUUGGAUGCGGAAUGGGCUUAAACAGUCCCUGACAGGACUCGGAAACGGGCGAAUGAUGCUAGCAAAUGUGCCUGACUGAAAUUUGUAAUGUAGAAAAAAGUACAUUUGGUGAUUAUGUGAUUCAAAGAUAACGGAUGGGUUUUGGUUAAUUGUCCCUGAUAAUUGGAUAGGUUUUUCGCAAGCACUUAACAGAGAUUUUUAUGUUUCUUUUGAGGAGAAACAGUUAUUGUGUAAAGAGUUUCUCUAAAAUGGCUCAAUAUUCUAUUGCGGUUUGUCAAUUCACUGCUACAAAUAAUAAACAGAAUAACUUGGCGGUAGUUACAAAAUUGGUAGAUGAAUCGGUGAAACAAAAGGCAAAAAUGAUUUUUCUUCCUGAAGCUUUUGACUAUAUAGCUAAGGACCACACAGAAGCUAGGGAAUUAAGUGAGCCUUUAAAUGGUACAUUAAUUUCAGAAUAUAAAAAUUUAGCAAAAUUGCAUGGUGUUUGGUUAUCUAUAGGGGGAUUCCAUGAAAAGAUUAAUGAUAACUUACUUUAUAAUUCUCACAUUAUAAUAGACUGUGAAGGGCAAGUCAGGGCAGUGUAUCGAAAAACACACCUAUUUGAUAUUUCUUUGCCCAAUGAUAGAGUAACUUUAAAAGAAUCUGAACUUAUUGUUGGUGGUUCACAGAUCGCAAUCCCAAUUGAAACGCCCAUAGGGAAAUUGGGCCUUUCAAUUUGUUAUGAUUUGAGAUUUCCAGAGCUCAGUUUAAUACAAAAAAAACUUGGAGCUAGUAUACUAACUUACCCUUCCGCAUUUACUCAUGUCACUGGGAAAGCACAUUGGGAAAUUUUAUUGAGAGCCAGAGCUAUUGAAACUCAGUGCUAUGUAGUUGCAGCUGCCCAAUACGGCAAACACAAUGAAAAAAGAAUAUCACAUGGGCAGUCUAUGAUUGUUAAUCCCUGGGGAGAAAUAGUUGCUGAGUGUCCUAGAUACCAAGAAGGAAAAGAUAUGGAUGAAAGCAUUGCUGUUGCCAUAGUUGAUUUGGGCUUUCUUAAUAGAGUUAGAAAUGAAAUGCCCGUAUUUUCACACAGACGAAAUGAUCUGUAUAAUCUGAAUUUAUUACAGAACCCACAAGACAUUGGACAAGUCAACUAUAGCUUUGCAGAUAAAAUAAUACCAGCAAGCACCGUUUUUUAUAGAUCAAAGUAUUCUUUUGCAUUUACAAAUAUCAGAUGUGUUGUACCGGGCCAUGUGCUUGUUUCUACUCUAAGAGUAGCACAUCGUUUGCAAGAUUUAAGUCAAGAAGAGAUUGCAGAUUUGUUUCAAACAAGUGUUAAAGUAUGUAAAGUUAUUGAAACUAUCAAUAAUGCUCAGUCAUCAACAAUAUGCGUCCAAGAUGGGAAGUUUGCGGGCCAGACAGUUCCACAUGUCCACGUUCAUAUUUUGCCAAGAAAGCAAGGAGAUUUUGAUAACAAUGAUGAUAUUUAUAUGCAUCUAGCCCAACAUGACAAGGAUACAAGUUCUCAAUGUUUUAGAACAGUGCAAGAGCAAGAGCAUGAAGCAUAUAUGUUAAAGAAAUAUUUUUAUCAGCAAUAA